GGUCAAUUUUCACAACACGCUGCCUGCAACACACCACGACGAGAAGGAAAGGGAGGAAGAAGACAAUGAGGCGCAGCUUGGUGGCACUCAGCAGCCGUGCCUUCUCCGGCAGGCAAUGGAUCGGCAAGGACCGCAAGAUCUGGAAAUACUCACAAACCCGGAAACAAAACACCAUGAAGUACUUUGAUCGCGUCGCAAACAACCACGUUAUCCUCUCCAACCCUUACAUCACACACGAGCAAGAGUUUGCGUACACACAGCGCAUCAACACCAUGGCGAAAGCAUCUUCCAAGAAGGCAUGAGGGGGCCACGCCCGCUUCUCGUCCAACUGACACGCUCUCGUGGACUCUGAUGUGGAGAGAUUCAAUAGUUGAACACGUUGCCCCCAUGUGUGACUGUCUGACACAAGCGGUUUACACGCGUAAACGGCGCUCCGUCAUACAUGUUUAUGUUUGCGUGUGUGCACGGCUGUGCGUCUGGCUUUAUGGCGGACCUUUGGUGUGACACGUGUACUUGCAACAACCAGGCUGUUCCUGCUGUUAUUACACUAGUUGCUGUGGAAA